AUGAGGCCCUCUACAAUCAGAGUCACCCCAAGAACUCAUAGUACUCCAGCAACUGAAGAGCUGUCUCGUCUUCGAGGAGAACUUGCUGAACUUCGGGAGGAAAAUGUGGUUCUUAGAGAGAAGGUAGACUUUGCCAGGAAUGCUGUCCCAGAGUUAUUAGAGAAAUUCUAUGAGAUUGAAAGAGAUCAUUAUGAAUGGAUCUUGGAUGAUUAUGUCUUUCAGUCAAAAGUGUUAUUGAGAAGUGCACAUAUAUCUUGUCAAAAGAUCCGUAAUCCUCCUGUUACAUUUGCUAAGUUAAACAAUUUGUUGUUAAGUGAGGAAAUUGUAGUCAAAGAAAGAUCAAAAUCCUUACUGUUAGAAGCAAAUAACAAAGCUUUUUCUGCUUAUCAAUAUCAACAAGCUUUUCUGGCUCAACAAAGACCUCAUUAUGGAUAUUCUCAUCCAAAUUCUUCAUUCAGACCAAGAGGCAAAGGUAACUUCUCAUUUUCACCUACUUACAGAGGUUUUUCAACACAAUACAGGAGUAAUUUUCAGCUACCACCAAGAAUGCACUCUCCACAGUCUUAUUCAUAUCCUCCUGUCUCUGCACCAAAUACUAGUCCUGCAUCCACAUCUGUACUUCCAACAGAACCACCUUGUCAGUUGUGUAAUAAGAAUGGUCAUACAACACCUGCUUGUAGACACAGACUUAAUUUUGCAUAUCAUAACGCUCAUACACUCAAUAAUAUGAGUGCCAUGCUUGCAACUACAAACAUAUUGGGAGAAAAUCCUUGGUAUGCUGAUUCAGGUGCCAACAAUCAUUUAACUUCUGAUGAAAAUGAGUUACAACUCAUGUCUGCUUAUGAUGGCUCUUAA